UCCCCUCCCACAAUGAACGUUCUCGGAUUCUCUCUCACAAUGAACCUGCUUUGGUUCCUCCCUACAACGAAUUUGCCCUGGUUCCCCCCUACAAUGAACCUGCCUCGGUUUUUCCCUACAAUGAACCUGCCCUGGUUUCUCCUCUCAAUGAGCCUGUUCCAGGUUCUCCCUACAAUGAGCCUGCCUCGGGUUCUUCCCACAAAAAAUCUGCACUAACUUCCCUUCACGAUGAACCUGCUUUGGUUCAAAGACUUGUCCUGGUUCCAGAUACCCUAAUUCAUGAAUUGAUCAAUAGAAUGAAUGAACUUGAAAAAAGAACUGAGGCAUUAGAAGCACUUCAUAAUAACAAGAAAAGAAAA